AUGAUGAAAAUUCGCCUGUGUACUCUCAAAUGCCUUGUUAUCUUACUUGGGGUUGCAAGUCUGAUGAUAAUUGCAGGAAGGAAUUUGUAUCAAGAAUCAUUUGUAACGGAAGACAGCAAUAUUUUCAAGGAGACGCAGGUUGCAAAGCAAUUUUUCAACCCCUUAGGUAUGUUAUUAUUUGAUGAUUCAAAUAAUUUUUGGCUUCUCCAGGAUUUUUUCGGAAUAGAAAGAAAUUUGAGUCCGAAAAUUUGAUAAAAUGACGUAAUGAUCCUCGCGUUCAGCGACGUACGGUGAUUGCAACACCCGUGUCACAUAUUCUCAUAAGGUAACACCCAAUAUUUCUCAAUUGAGAAUGUGGGUAGUACUCAAGUGAAAUGAUCAUCUGAGCCGUCUGGUGUGGUACUAGAAGACCGAGUAGUUUCGCUAUUUGCUUUGAUCGUCAUUUUAAAGUUUACCCCGUUGUUUAAUUUCGUGAGUUAUGAAGAAGUUCAAACCUGUUUCUGUGAAAACGAUUGUCCUCUGAAGAACUGGGAAGACCGUUAUUCAUACUCCGUUAACGGUCAGCUCAAACACAGCUGGUUCUCAGCCGAACCAAGGAAGCUCUUCGCUCCUUGAAGCUGUCGAUGACCCCGACAUUCCCGUAUUUUCACCUGAUGAGGCUCAACAUUCUGAAGCUCAUCGAAGAAACUACAGCUCCGUAGCUAACUGGGAAAAAAUACGGGAUAAACUGUUCGCAACAGCAGUGGGGGAAGAAACUCUCCCGGAGAAAUAUAUUUGUGCCGUAUGCAAACAACGAGAGGCGACUGUGCGAUGUCGGUACUGCGGCUCGAGGCAUGCACGUGGAAAGGAAUCAAUUCCACGUUCUGGAGCAAUGGAAGGUAUUUAUCAACCACUGCUUGCAUAUAUUACAAUUGUUUGUAUAAUUAAAAUAUGGAAAUACAGCUGUCAAACCUCAAUAAGCUGAUGGAUUAACGCACUGUUUUGUAAUCUCUAUUAGCAAAGUUUUGCAUUGAUGACACGUACGCAGUAUUGCAUGUAUUUAGAAAACAAGGACAAAUCUAUAAACUAACUGUCCUGUUUCAAUUUCUUGAAAGGAUAAUAGAUUCAUUCCAUUAUUCCCUAAUCCUGGUGCAACUGAAUCCGGCCAUUCUUGUUCUACAAGAAUCCUCAAAUGAUUCAAACUAAUAGAUGCCUUCGGUAAGUUGGACACAAAGUCAAAGCUUGCGCAAUGUUGACUUUCGAAAGCAAAGGUAAACAAGGUUUCAAAACGUUUGCAAUUGUCAGAGGUUUUGAAGACAAAUGCUUUUGCCCAGUGUUGGUGCUACACUAUCUUCAAUGAUUUACGAUUUUAUCUUCAUUGUGUUUGUGAGUGUACAUCCCUUGCUUCUUGUUUCUACAUAUAGGUUACUAGCACCUGAAGGAAGUCGCCGUCUGUGACUGUGAAAGCCAUGCGGUUACUUUGGUACGUUGUCAGUUCUGGCCAGGUUCACCUGAGAGACCGUCCGUGGGCUUCCAUUUUAAAUUAAUAGACCUUGCUGAAAAGUUAUUCCUGCACAGUCAGGUGUCUGUAAAGAAGUUUUCAGAGUUGAUUUUGGAAAUGACACCACCUUUGCAUCCUAAUUUUGUGAGUAGUUUUAUUAUUACAGUGGUGUUCUUUAUAAGACCAGUGUUUUAUUAAUAUACUGAUAGAUUUCUAGUGUGAAUAAAUUCUUUAUUUUUAAUAUAAUAUUGACAAUUGCUCAUUUACAUUCUGGAGAAGGAGGCAGUGGUUCAGCGCAUCCAAAUGUUUGGAGUGCUGGCCUUCAAAUCUUAGCAAGUGUUGAAUUUAAAUGCUAUCUAUCCUGAUAUUCUAAUUUCUAGUGACACCGCACAUUGUAGAAAUCUUCAUGACUGUUAGUUUUCCCAUUUAAGCCAAAAACCCUGCAAAUGCCGAGGCCAUCAAGUCACGUUGAUGAUCUUCCCGUGUGCUAACAAUAUUGUCUAUAUCCCUGCUUGAAACAGUAUUUGAACCCAGGACCAUACCCACAGCUGUAUUUAAUGCUAAAUCCUAUUUAAGAAUAUAGCAUUAAGCCACAAUUGACUGCACAUGUACAUGUGGUAAGUAUGGAUAAAACAGGAGUGAAAUGAAAAAUAAUGACAAUAUCGGUGUUGUAAGAAAAUGACUGAGUACAUGUAAAUCAAAUAUAUUUUCCUUCUAAUACAAGUACCUGUGUUAAAGAAUUCAGCACAAAAUAAAUUGUAAGAAUUUGGUCCUUUGACACCUUUGAUUCUUUUUAAUGUGACAUCUGCAGAAGAAGAUGAUUCUUGUGGCCUUUUUCUUUUCUGAUUCCCAAUCCACUUCUGCAAAAAUCAUUCAGUGUAAUUGUUAUAUUACUCAUUAUGUUAAAAUUAGUAUUAAUAAACCACUGAUGACAACUGAAUAAACAUGCAUAAACUAUUUAAUAUUCAUUUUGAUCAAAGACCAUAAGUGUUAUUAUGUGGAAAAGGAGAGGAGAGGAGGAGAAAGAGGAGGUUUGCAUCAGAACUAUUGAGAAAUACUACAAUAAUGCCUGACCAUUAGUUACAGUAUGGUUGAAUAAUAAAAAUAAUUACAAUACAACUGAACUAUCUUAAAUUUGUACAGUUGAAGUCCUCAUCUUUGCAUAUGAUCUUCUUAUGUUUAUAAUGUUUUUAAAUAAAAACCUGACAUUUCGGAAUUCAAUGGAUUACCUUGAAAGGUAAAUACACACGUAUGAUGAACGUGAAUGAUCUUUAGCCUGAGUAAAGCAGAGUUAACCGUCUGUAACUGUACCUGAUCACGAUCUAAAACAACAUCUAAUAAACUUUAACCGUUAGGCUAUUAUUGACGUAUAAAUGCAUCUACGAUCUAUACAAAUUGCUAGUUUUGCUUGAUUCGUGGAAUAAUUGAGAUAAAAUAAAGCUCAACCUGGUAUAAAGCUACAGCUGAGGUUAAAAAAAUGAUUAAGCUUACCUCGACUUGUGCCUUCGUCAAACCAGUGUCCGUUGACGCUUUUAAAACCAUUUCCUUGUACAUGGUUCCCGUUCCAACCAUCCCUUCUUCGAAAAACCGCUCUAAAAUACCUCUCUGUCAUCUGAGAUACGAGUACGUUUCGCCAUUGUAUUUCCUCACGAAGAACAACUACUAUCUUGCUGGAAGCUUACUAGAAGGCACGUUGUGGAAUUUGUUACUCGCGGGCGAACGCGGAUUAUUCCAUAAAGCGACUUCAUUGGCUGUUCUAGACAAUGCUUCAAAUCAGCGGCAUCAGACUGCUCAGACGACCCAGACGAUCAUUUUACUCGGGUACUACCCACAUUCUCAAUUGAGAAAUACCGGGUGUUACCCUAUGAGAAAAUGUGACACGGGUGAUUGCAAAUACCAAAUUCGAAAAAGGCGAAGGUCUCUGGCUGGGGAAAUUUUGUCAUCGAGUCUGCCUUUUUUUUAAAUUGGCUUUCACAUGUUUCCAAUGAGAGACCCAUGCCCUUAAUUUUUAAUUAGGUAAAUUAAUCCUUUACGGAUCGUAAAUUGAGUGCAAUCUUGCACCGCCGUAAGCUUCUCUUCUGUAUCUCAUUCCUUAUUUUCAAUGCUAGGGACGUCUUGUAAGCCAGAGCCUCUACUUGACAGCAUAGCAAGGCUAAACGGAAUGUUUGAUGAUCUCAAGACAUUCGUGAUGUUUAUUGGAUACUCACAGACUAUAGAGAGUCGUACUGGCGCCAUAUUGGAUGCGCAUCCUCAGAUUAUCCUUCCGCAAGAGUACGAUGUCUUAGGGAACUGGAAAAUGUAUCAAAACAAGAAGCUCAGGGAACGCGGCAAGCAAAAGUAUAUGCUGUUUUUCUUCUUGCAUUAUCUUUCCACUUUUCAAGCUAUUUUUCGAAACCAAGCUAAUAAACCAAGCCAGUUCUGGGUAUGGACAUCCAAAGUCGAGAGUGCUCGGUAUUACCCACUUUCUGAUACAUGGCAGGGGAUAAUAAAUGGCAAGAUUAAGGUAAGCUUAAGAACAAACUAAAAAUGAAUGUUAGACAUUAAUCAAACAAAUUACAAGUAAAUUUUCUGAGACAAAAUCAAUGUUCUUUUAGUUUUAAACCCAUUAACCUUUUCUGCAUAUAUUUGACACAGAAAGACCAACAGAAAAUUUCCGAUUUUGACUAUUAGGUGCUUUUGUGUGCAUUCGUCUGUGAAAAGAUGAAAUUAUUAGCAGCUUCAUCAAUAGGAAUUUAAACGAUAAUUUACAACUUUUCACCGAAGUAGAAUUAAAUAUCUUCCACUCCCAUCGACACUGAGGUGAAUAAUUGUUUUAGCAUAUACCACAGGUAACCAAAAAAUUCGUUCAUCUCUGUCAAUGUACCAAAAAAAGGUCGUAAAGUAAAUUACUGACGACUGAUUUUGUCUCUUCGGCUCCGUAGCAGCCGAUCAGCGCGCACGAAAAGCGCUAUUAACCUGUGUGGUAUAUGCUAAUUGGGGUUAGAUAGUAAGCUACUAAUUCAUCAUAAUUAUCGACCUCUUGAAUGUGAAAGAGAGCGAGUUUUCAAUGAAGGGGCCUAGGAAUUUACCCGACGGGAAAACGAUGUCAAUAACUUCCUGUUGUUGUUCACAUUUUUUAGCCUUAAUUUGCAUUGAUAUGAAAUUGGUCCAUUAGAUACAGUAUUACUCAAUUUAAGUUCGGGAGAGUAAUUUUCAUAGACUUGAAUCAAAGGCAUUGACACCUGAAGGGCAUGAAUCAUGAAUGAUAAGUUCCAACUAUUUCAUAGCCAGUUUUCGCACACUUAGAUAAUCAGAAACUUGUCUUUCUCCUAAUUCUUGGGAAAUAUUUUUAUAAUGCUUUUAUCGCCUGGAAUGCUUUGACAACCAGCAUGAUUCACCAAAUGAUACCACUUGUGUAGUCAUGUAUAAGGAUAAUCAUAGAGCAGAAAUUCUAGAUUGAUUCCAUGCUGGCUUGGUAAAUUCACAAUCAGUUUAGAAACGACAGUCGUCGAAAUUAUUACUCGCUAUCAACAAGGAUUAAUGAUUUUCCUUUCGCCUAUAAGAAUACGUGUAUAACUGACUCAUCGGGUAAGAACGAAACCAUUAACUUUUCUUGCAGGUUAUUGGUGACACCAGUAGUGGUUCAACCACUAGACAACUUACCAGGAACCAAGGAAACUUUACCGUGCUUGAAGACAUCCAAAAUGUCAUUGGUAUUCCACUGAAAUUUCUUCACACUAUUACAAACCCAUAUGAAGUUAUUGCUUUGAAUGUAAUGAGACAGUCCAGAUCUGCCGUAGAGGUGAGCCACGAUUGGUCAUUUGUUUGCAAUUGAAUCACCGAUCAACUUUUCUUAUAUUAAUUAAGGUAGACAAGAAUGACUGAUACCAAAAUGGACGAGGUAUGAGGCCGUUUCCAUUUUUAUGAAAAUCAGUAGAAAGAUGAAAAUUUUCCUACUUAUGGAGCGGAACAAUUGUUUUUUCCUCCAACAGACUGGAGAAAAGACAUGUUCCUUUCGAAAAGGUUUUUAAAAGUUUAUUUAGCGAUUUAAUUUGCGCCAAAAAAAGCCAGAAAAAAAACAGUCAAUUAAAUUACUAAAACGUCGAAAAAACUUUUGAGGAGUAUCUUUGAAAUAAUCACCAUUUUUUUCAAGAAAAUGGAGAUGUUCGUUCCCACCGUAGAAUACUGGUUUUCCUUACAAACGGGGAGAGCUUGUAAUGUCUCUUUUUAUGCUGAAAUAUAGCAUUUUGAUUGAAUUUUCCACCUCUAUUUCAUUACCAGAUAAAUGACGCGAAGGAUGUUUUCGCCCUUGUGGAGACAAAUGCACAAAUAAGGAAACUAUAUGGUGAUGCGGUAUUAGACAUUUCUACGGACGAUUAUAUCAAUAAUCCAAGGGAGACCAUGAUACAAAUUUGUAGAUUCCUACAGGUUACAUGUUAUAAUAGCUAUCUCGAUAAAGUUGAAAAAGAACUUAAUAAGGAGUCGACGAGGGCUCGGGAUCAGGUGAUUUGGACCGACGAGGAGAAGGAGUGGGUCGCUGCAGAAAUAAAUAAGUACUCUUUCCUGAAGUCUUUUGAAUUUUGA